CGAGCGAGCCAUGUCAGAGUUCCAGAUUUCGGUGGAAGAGCUGAACGACCUGCUGGCCAACGGCAGCGGCUGCUACAGCCUCCCCAGCGCGCACAGCAACGAGGUGGCGCCCCGCAUCCACGUGGGCAACGCGUUCAUAGCCAAGAAUGUUAUGCGGUUGCAGCGCCUGGGUAUCACCCACGUCCUGAAUGCAGCAGAGGGCAAGUCUUUCAUGCACGUGAAUACAAACGCAGAGUACUAUGAAGGCACCGGCAUCACCUACCAUGGCAUCAAGGCCAAUGACACCCAAGAGUUCAACCUCAGCCGUUACUUUGAGGAGGCAGCUGAUUUCAUUGAGAAGGCAUUAGCCCAGAAAGAUGGCCGGGUGUUUGUCCACUGCCGCGAGGGCUACAGUCGCUCGCCGACGCUCGUCAUCGCUUACCUCAUGCUCCGGCAGAACAUGGAUGUCAAGACUGCUGUGAGCGCCGUCCGGCAGAAGCGGGAAAUUGGCCCCAACGACGGCUUCCUGAAGCAGCUCUGCCAGCUCAAUGAGAGAUUGGUGAAGGAGGGCAGGCUGAAGAAACCGUAGCGGCCUGCCCUGGCCUCUCCCCGUGGCGCCUUGGGACUCCGUUAGUUGCUUUCGUUUGCCAACUCCGACUGCCAGGCCGCGUGAGGGAGGCAGGAGCUCCCUUCUGAUUUCUUCCACCACGUGGGGUGGGGGGGCCUGUGUGUGUGUGCGUGUGUGUGUUCUGUUGAUUUUAAAAUAGGCACAGGAGUUGCUGCAAUAUUGAAAAGCCCUUUGGGGAGAACGCCAGCCCAGUUUGCCCAGGCAUUGCCUUGUCUCCUGUGUCCUUUUUUGGGGGGGGAGCCUGCCCAAUAUAAUGUGUGUGUUUGUGGGUGUGUGGUUUUGUUUGUUUGUUUGGAGGCACUUUGUGCACUUUGCACCAACUGUGAACACCUUCAGCUUCACAUUGCCAGAUCCCUGCCAGCCCGUCCCUGUCGUCCUCUCACUUGCUGCGUCUCGGGGUGCCCUUUGUGCUGGCCCUUUCUCCUCCUGUUUACAUGUGAAGCGCCGAGGAUUAAGCCCCGUGCCCAGCUACCAAUAUGUCCUCGUGGCUGUGGCUUGAGAGAGUUGAGUUCUGGCCCUUAUGACCUGUGUGCAUUGUCCACCUGGGCCAGUGGUCCCUCUACAUUUUUUCCAUCUCCCCGAGCAAUGAGUUUUGUUCUGGGCGGCAGUCUCAAGGCAGUGUGUGCACACCUGCAUUCAGAGUGGGACCUUCCGGAUUCAACCUCGGCGGGAUUUAAAAUGAACUGAGCAGAGAUCAGAAAACUUGUGAGCGUGUGCACAUGCUCACGCCUUAGAGGGAACCGUGACCUAGCUGCCAGAGGCUGUGGUCAAGCCGCAUUCUAUUCCCAGACCUCAGGCAGGCCAGCCGAGUGGCUCUGGGCUUCUGCUCUGUAGCAGAUUGGUUGUGGCUUGAAUUCCCAUUUGGUCUGGCCCUGGGAGGUUUCCAGAGCCGUCGGUCUUUCCCUGCCAACUCCAGCUCAUCUGGUGUGCUGUUUCCCUGCUCAGCCUGAUUUCCCCCUCAGUCCCCUCAGUAGCUUCGUGCUACGCCACUUGGGGAAAUGACUCCCUGCUCGUGUUUCUCUCGCGGGAACAAGGCUGUCGCAGGGAGAGCCGGUGUGGUGUUGUGGUUAGUGUUGUACUAGGACUAGGGAGACCCAGGCUCAGAUCCUCACUCGGCCGUGAAGCUUGAUGGGUGACCUUGGGUUAUGGUGGGUGGACCGCCCACCUUGGAGGAUUGUUGUGAGGUUAUGGGAGAGGGGAAGUGGCAUCUACACUGCCCCGGGCUCCAUGGAGGAAGGGUGGGAUUAAAAUGCAAUAAGUUAAAUGCGUCACAAAUAGCAAAUUGGCUGCCUUGUGUGUCAUGAAUGGCUGACGUGGGAGCAAGGCCGUGAGACUGCAGGUGGUGGUGGUGGUGGGCAGUUCUGGGUGGGAGAUCUGCAGAGCGACAAAGCUCCCCCCCCCGCUUCUCAUUCAUUCUUCCCACCAAAAAACUCCUCCCCAACCCUCUCAUGCACAGGCUUAAAGCCUAGGAGCAUCACGGGACGGGAAACUUAAGAUAUGUAAAUAUGCAGAAUCCCUCUCUCUCUCUCCCCCUGGCAACCAUGUAAUCUCUUUGUAUAGCUCGGUGUUUCAUAUGGAUCUGUAGAUAUAGACUUUAUGGUGCACUUAAUACACAGGCACAUAUACAGGCACACAAGCAAUGAAAAAAAAAAAGCCAUCCAAUAAUAUGGUAUUGAUGCAAGUAAACUUUCGUAAACACUGUU